UGUUGCUGUGUGCUAAUAGAAACUGUUCUUGCUGAUUUUCCAUUAUAAGUGUGCUUCUCUUACAUUUUAAUUGUUGAACAUGGUUGUGAGGUCGGUACUGUUAUUGUAACUUGCUGUUUUUAUUUGUUGGAUAUGUAUAUGGCUGGUAUCCAUGAUUGUUGUCUGCAACUUUAAGAAUUUGCUGAUAUUGUAUGGUUGGAAGUGAUUAAGAUUUGUUAUGUUGUGAAAAGCAUGUUAUGUGAAGCAUGUCAUAGGUUAUUUGUUGAAGCAUGUCAUAGAUCUACCUCUUUCUGGGAUCCAUUGGUUGAGAAGGUAAAAAAAAUGCUCCAAACCUAGAAAAGUUCCCUCAUUUCCAAAGGAGGAAGAGUCACUCCUCAUACAAGCUACACCCUAUCCAACCUGCCCACUUACUAUUUAUCCAUCUUCAGCAUGCUGAACAAAGUUGCUGAUUUUCUUGAUUGUAUUAUUAGAAAUUUCCUUUGGAAGGGCAGCAGUGAGCACAAAGAUUUCCAUCUGGUUCGGCAAGAAACCAUUCAACAAACUAUUGAUGAAAGAGGUCUUGGUUUAUAUAAGAUGAAGCUGAUAAACAAAGCUCUAUUAGCUAAAUGGACUUGGAGAUACAUACCUGAGAAAUCAACCUUUUGGAGGAGAGUUAUAGAAGCCAAGUAUGGUAGAUCUUUAUGGAAUCACAAACCGGGCUGAUCAUCCUUACUACAGCAAAAGAACCAUGGAAAUCGAUCCUUCGAAGCCAGAAUAUGAUUUUGAAACGAUUGAGAUUUAAAUUUGGAAAUUGUCAACAAACAUCCUUCCGGCAAGAUCCUUGGUUGAACGAAGAGUUCGUAAGAAUGGGGAGGAAAGCUGGUACUUUAUAUAUAAACCCAAAAAAAUUUGGCACUCUUAGCAAACCUUGCAUGAAGGAAAUGAUAUCAUUCCUCAAUUGCAUAGCUCUUAAUCAGAACAACGAUGAUAAGUGCACCAGAAAUAAGGAACUUCUUAAUACUUGCAUGGAUGCUCAGUCCAACAGAAACAGGAAACCUUGGGGAAGCAUCAAUUACCACUUGCAGAGGCUUAGCAGGGGAAGAAAGUAGUUUGAGAUUCUAUUGACAGAGUGCUCAAUUAGAAUUAUUAGGAGGAUUCAGAUGACAAUCUUGAGGGAUUCUUUAAAUUUUAAACUGACGAAGCUGCCUACAGAAUUCUUUUUAGAAUCGAUACCCUGGUGCAAUUUCUUGACAUAAGUGUUAUCAUACUUAGUGUAUUUCCUAAGGCAUUUUUAGCUGGGAAAUUUGGGUGAGUUUGUUGCUUCUUUAUGAUCAAAUAUUUAAGUGAUUAAGAAUAUCUUAUAUCAGGGGAUAAAGAGUUCUGGUUUUUAGUCUACGAUCUUUCCUCAACAAGAGGUUUCAUAUAAAAACAAAUAAAUAAAUAGUCUACAUAUUUUUGGUGUGAA